AUGUCCUUUGCGCUGCUCAGCCUUCGUCGGCGCGGGUCCAACGAGUCGCUACGUGGCGCGUGCGCACUUCGCAUGUGGCGUUUUAUUCCGGCCAUCGCGAACCGCGUUAGCGCCUGGGACCACGACUGUAGCUCGUGUUGCUGCAGCAGGCGGUGCUUUUGGAAUCCCUUCGCGACACGCGGCGGCGGCGGUAGCGCGGCGGCAGCGCAGCCGAAAAACACCGUGCAGCACCAACGCAUCGUCGAGAAGGCGCACAGGGACGCGUCGCUGCACAACGAGCGACUCCUGGAUGCCUGCCUCGACCUUUUGGCGCUCUGCGGCGGUGGAGGCGAGGCGGGAGGUGCAAAGCUGCUGGAUGGAGGCGGCGGCGUAGACCUCGCUUCCGCCGACGCCGUGGCUGCUGUGGUGGAGGCGACCCUGCACGACUUUCGCAAAACGCCAUCCGAGCAGUUUGACCUCGUCUACGCCGCCCUCUGCUUACCGAUAGCCACAAACAAUCUCCAGGUGCACCGAUGUCUGAUGGUGGUGCUCGAGGCAUUUCUGCCCGAGGUUCUCUUUCGCAUCUUUGAGAGCGAAGACUUGGUAGUGGUGGGCCCUGGCGGUGCCGCGCGGCGCGACGCCCUGCUGCGCCUCGUGCACGCGCUGCUCGGGCAGGCGGACGUCCCGGCCGGGGUGGAGAGCGAGGAGGUGGUGCUUGUCUACCUGGACGACGUCCGCGCCGUGUUCCCGUCGCUCCGACGCAACCCGGCCUUCCUGGAGCUAGAGGCGAACGCCACCAGUAUCGCCAUGAAGGCAAGGCUCUUUGCGUUGCUCUCGCAGCUGUGCGUGGAGUUUGACACGGCAGGCACGGGCAAGGUGGAUCUGGCGGAGCUGCAGUCCACGGCCCAGCGGGUGCUGGGGGAGGAGAAGGCCCGCCUCUUGCUUGACGGGGCGCAGCCUGACAAGGACGGCAAGAUACGGUACACACAACUCACCUCACUCUUGACACGCCCGCCGCCUCAGCCGAAGUAA